AUGGAAAAUCGACGAAGACAGCCAAAGCAGCGUGUUGUAAAUCCACAGUUCAAGGGUGGGAUUAAAAAUGCAGAACCAGAGGUCUUUGAAGGCUACAACAUGUGAUAGCUAAGGCUUAAAUCAACUUCUUCUCCUUCAGCUCUUGAUGCUAUGGCCUUCUGAAGUAGAAUUCUGUGGUAAAGUCUCCUUUGUGCCUUGUCGGCUCAGUGCUGAGUUAUAAGGCUAUAGAGUUCUGCGACUUGCUGAUUGGGUUUAAAGAAGGUUGCCCACGUAAAAAUCCCAAAAUUGGAAUUUUGGGCGACUCUUGCCAAAACUCAAAGUCUGAGGCGCAACUCUAUGUUUCACGCUAUAAGCUGCCCGAAUAGCCGAUGCAUUUCCUUUAGAUGAUGCUGGGGCUUUCCCUUUCCAACUCUGAGCACUCCUCUUCCUCAAGGUAAAAUCCAUUCUGAAAGUGACUGGGCUCUUUUCUUUCCCAUCUUUGCUUACUUUGCCUUACUGUUCAUUUCUCUAUUGGCAAAACUUGCAGGAUAUAAAUAAAUAUGUGUUCUAGGCAAUACCUGGCUGAAACACCAUAUUUAUUUAUGGUACAGCAUGUAUCCAGAUUUGCAAAAUGUUUGGUCACGCAGUGCUUUUCAAAAUCCGCGGGUUAACGGCAAGUGCUUAAAACUUGGCUUGUUGGUAUUUGGAAUAUUCCUUUUCUAUAUAAAUAUUAGGAUUUUGCCUUAAAUAGUUGUCAUUUAUAUAGAAAUACUAAUAUCUUUAUCUAUUUAUAUAGAAAAGGUAUAACUCUUUCUAUUUGUUUGACAUACCAAAACAUUUGACUUUUACAAGAUUACACUGAGCGCGCUCGGCCAAUUGAAAUACGAACAAAAGAAAUAGUUAUGGAAGAAUCCCUGUCCACAAGAAGGAAUAUAAAAUGGUGAAAUUGAUGGAAGAAGGCACCGAGGCGCAUUCCCUAUAGAGUAGGUAAAACCUGUCCCGAUGAAGCUGAAAAGUGCCUGCCAAGAGGAAAGUUUUUAUAUCUCCCAAGGUUUUCCCCUGUCAGAUGGGCUAGAGAGACUGUACCUUCACUAAGUCUCUGCUUAUCUAAUCUAAAGGGCAUCUGCAAGAGGUGGCUCUAUCCUAAGUAGCUAAUCCAUAGCUUAGAUUAGUUUACACUAGAUUUCAGGCUUGUGGUUAAUCCGCUUAUGGUCUUAACUUAAUUUAGCUUGUCUACAAGAGAUUUCAUCAACUACGCAGCAGACUUCAACAAAGCCGAAAUCAUCCUUAAAGAAACCACUCCAGCAUACCAAAAGCCUCUUUUCAAGUUUAUGAAGCAGAAAAAUGCCCCCGAAUUUGCUUUAUCAGACAUAAAUUCCCCAGGCCACUGUUGGGCAUUCCAAGGAGAUAUCGGGCAUAUAACCGUCCAACUAAACCAAGACAUAUACCCCAGGCAUUUUACAAUAGUCCAUGCAUCAUUAGCUGACUAUAACACCGCUCCUAAGCACUUCUGCAUAUACAGUGUGCUCCCAAAAAGCAUAGAAGAGUUAGGCUGCUAUGAAUUAGACCUCAGCUCCGAAUUAAAUGCCUUCAAGCAAACAUUCCCUUGUCUUUCUAACUGUGACACCCCUACAAGAAAAUACAGACUGGAAAUAAAGUCAAAUUACGGCGCAGACCUAACCUGCCUUUAUCAGCUACAAAUCCAUGGGGAUCCAAAUAGCUUAACUUUAUAA